AUGGACAGACCCCCUUUUGCUAGCGCCAAAAAUGUUUCGGGCAGUGCACAGUUCUCAACAGGCUUAGGAAACCCAAUGAACAUUAACAACUCCUUCAGUGGAAAUAACCAUGCACCAUUUGAUACAAACGACCUGACCAAUUAUUUUAAGAGUUUGCUCAACAAAACCAAGCAUCCGUACAUUUGUUUCGCCCACGUUUUUUUUAAGUUCCUGGCCGUGUCGAUAUACUUCAUAGGCCCGUACCUAUUUCAAAGUGAAAAAUCGAAUGAACCUGAUUUUAUCGUGACGUUUGCAGGUACCCUAUUUUUAGUUUCGCUGGAUUUUUAUUUGGUUAAAAAUAUUACCGGCAGGUUCCUGGUGAAGAUGAUAUGGUGGAUCGACGCCAAUGAAGACUACUCGAACAAAAUAAUUUUCAAGUCUUCAGAUGAAAAUCUGCUGAAUAGUACAGACAAGAAGGUUUUUUGGUAUGCACUGUAUGCAAACUGUUUGAUGUGGCUGAGUCAAACCUUACAAACGUUAAUGUCGUUUCAGUUUUGCUGGUUUUUGCUUUGCUCCCUAUGCCUACUUCUCUCCUUUUACAAUUUGUUUAACUUUUGGAAAUGCUCCAAGGAGCAGCAUAAAGUAGUGGGUGCCUUGUUGAGCCGCAUCAAUUUGAACCAGUUCUACAAGACGGUGUUCGGUGGGUAG